AUGGCCUCAAAUAUAAGAAAAAAGAUGCAAGCAUCAACAAUACUAUACAUAAAUGACAUCAAUGCUUCUGCCUGCAAGCGCUUCCAAGACGAGUACCGCAAGCAUGGGCCAAUAGAGAUUGUGUCGACCGCACGCGAAGCAGCAGAAAAUGCAAAAGUAGUCAUAUCAAUUGUGCCCGGUGCAAAAGACGUGCAAAAAGUCUACUUGGAUGAGACAGAUGGAGUGAUAGCUGCCAGGAAAGAUGAAGAAAGGGUGUUGUGCGAAUGUAGCACGAUUGACGUGAGGAGCACGCGAGAAGUCGGUGAAAAGUUAAAGGAACGAGGAUUAGGAACAUACGUGGACACACCCGUCUCUGGCGGCGUCCCAGCAGCAGAGCGAGGCGACCUUUCCAUGCUCAUCGGCCAUCCCAAACCCUCCGAGGCUAAUACUUCAUCCAAGCGCCUCGAAACCGCCCUCUCAAUGAUGGGCUCUCCUUCAAAGUUCUUCUACCUCUCCUCCCUCGGCGCCGGACUGACUGCAAAAAUCUCGAACAACUACUUGUCCGGCACUAUCCUGCUGGCAACUGCAGAAGCCCUCGCGAUCGGCGUCGCCCAGGGCCUCGACCCCAAGGACCUCUACUCUGUGAUACGCGCGUCUACAGGCCAGUCUUGGAUGUGCGACCACGUCAUGCCAAUACCAAAUGUGACGGAUAGCUGGGUGCCGAGUAAUAGCGGGUACAAGCCGGGUUUCAAGACGCAGAUGAUGCUGAAGGACUUAGGACUUGGGAUCGAGAGCGCGAAACAGGUGGGGCUGAACCCUGUCAUGGCGGAGGCGGCAUUGGAGGUUUGGGAGAGUGCGAGCAAGGACGAAAGGUGUUUCGAUCGAGACGGGAGUAGUGUUUACUUGCACAUUGGAGGGCAGUUGCCAAAAGGGUAUGAGGACAAAGGCAAGAAAAGCGAUGAUGGAUCGUGGCAAUUUGAGUAGGAAGUUACCGAGUGAUGAAGUAUGAGGAUAUUGUUCAUUCUAUGCAGACCCCUAUAGCGC